AUGAUGAUUUUUGCGAUUUUCGCUCAAAUCAGUUUUGUUUUUGGAAAUAAUGUAACAGAAUUCGAUGACCGAAUCGUUGGAGGUGAAGAUGUUGAUAUAUCAACUUGUGGUUGGCAAAUUUCAUUUCAAAGUGAAAACCUUCAUUUUUGUGGAGGAUCAAUUAUUGCACCAAAAUGGAUUCUAACUGCUGCACACUGUGUUGAAUGGUUGAAAAAGCCGCUCAAAGACAUAACCGUACGUAUAGGAAGCAGUAUACGUAACAAAGGUGGUCGAGUUCAUAAAGUAAUAGAUUUCCACAUGCAUCCCUCGUACAAUAAGAGGGCGGAUUAUGAUUUUGACGUUGCUGUACUAGAACUUGAAAAACCAGUCUCAUAUACGGUUUGUACAGUAGUAUCAGUAGAUUUAGCCGAAAGUGGAACUGAAGUUAAACCUGGAGCAAUACUUAGUGUCACUGGAUGGGGUGCAACUAAGGAAGGUGGCGGCGGAACUUUGCAACUACAAGGUGUGAAAGUUCCAGCUAUCUCUCCCAAAGAUUGUGCUAAGGGGUAUCCACCUUCUGGAGGUAAAGACAAAAUUACAGACAGCAUGUUAUGUGCUGGUCUUCCUGAAGGAGGUAAAGAUUCCUGCCAAGGCGACAGUGGCGGUCCACUGGUAGAUGAAAAUAGAAAGCAAGUAGGAGUGGUUUCUUGGGGUCAAGGAUGUGCCAGACCAGGAAAACCAGGAAUUUAUGCUAAAGUGUCACACCCCGAAAUCAGAAAAUUUAUUGAAAAAUAUGCUAAUGUUUAUAAUUUGACACUCUGCAGAAUGUUACUGUCAUUAAUAUUUGCAGCUUUUGUUGCAGUAGCUGUUGCUGGGCAUGACCUAGAUCAUCGAAUAGUAGGAGGUGAAGAUGUAGAUAUUUCAACUUGUGGAUGGCAAGUUUCGUUUCACAAUAGGAAAGGACAUUUUUGUGGAGGGUCCAUCAUUGGCAAAGAAUGGAUUCUAACUGCUGCGCAUUGUGUAACCAAAUAUGAAAACGAUAUCGAAGGUUUAAAAGUUAGGGUUGGAAGCAAUGAGCAUAACAAAGGUGGGCGUUUAUACGACAUUAAAGAAAUUAAAAAACAUCCAAGAUAUAACGAUCGAACCAGAUACGAUUUUGAUGUCGCUUUAUUACGCAUUGCAAAGCCAAUUGCAUACACUGCUUGCACUGUUGUUCCUGUAGCAUUGGCAGAAACUGGAAAAGAAGUUCCAGAAGGCGCACUCGUUAGUGUCACAGGAUGGGGGGCUACUAUGGUGGGCGGCCCAGCAUCAACGCAUCUAAAAGGUGUUAAGGUUCCAAUCGUGUCAAAUGAAGAAUGCAACAAAAAUUAUACCAUUCCUGGAGGUCUGGAUGACAAAAUUUCAGACAGCAUGUUUUGCGCUGGUUUCCCUGAAGGCGGAAAGGACUCGUGUCAAGGAGAUAGCGGUGGGCCUGUAGUGGAUGAAAAUAGGGUUCAGGUCGGAAUUGUGUCUUGGGGCGAAGGCUGUGCUUUAGCAGGAAAACCAGGCGUUUAUGCAAAAGUUUCACAUCCUGACGUAAAAAGGUUUAUUGAAACCGUAGCAGGAAUCAAAUAAAAUUUGUUAGAAAAAAUGUAGACAAGUUGUAUAA